UCUGCUUUUAUUUUUAUUUUUUGCUUCAAUUUUUUGCUUCUUUUUAUUCUCCAGUUCCCUUAGUAAGACGUGCUACGGCAGAUGACGAUCCUUGUGUUGUUGAUAGAAUAAAACAACAAAGAAUGGUUUCUUUUGCGCAUCGUCGUCGUCGAACAACUUCAUUCAAAACUCGAGUUUCCCGUUCAUUAAUUCCUAGACAUUCAAUGCGUGCUGGGCGUAGCCGAACAGAAAAUAAUGAUGAAAUAGAUUUGGAAUUAGGUGAAAAUGAAAAUAUUAUUUUGGCAAAUUCUGAGGAAAUACCCCCGUCUUCUUCUGAACAAACAACAACAAAUAAUCAACAAGGAGGUCCUUCUCGAUCACCUAUUUUUAUGCUUAGUAUGGCUCAAAGAGGUUCUAGACUUAAACCAACAUUAGAUGGACAACAAAUACAAUCACAACAACAACAACAACCUCCACAUUCACCAGAACGUUUGUCAUGUGGAACUGCUGCAUCUGUUAUACAAAAAGAGCAGGCAGAGGAGGAUGAUGAAGAAGAAAUGAUUAGAAAUAUGCCUUGGUUAAAGACACUUCUAGCCUUUAGUCAACGCUAUGGGUUUACAUGUGCUCAUGAAAAUUUUUGUUCUAAAUGGUGUUUUGAGAGAAUAUAUAGACAAUGUUUACGUCUUGUAGAAGCUUUAUCUUUUGUUUAUGGCAAUCAUUCCCUCGAGGGCCGAAUCGACAGGCGCCAGCAAUUUAUUGAUAGAUGGCAAAGUAUUCAACAUAAUGCACAAAAAAGGCACUCUUCAAACCCUCCAAGAAGAGAGAGUGCAAAUGUCCGUCAAAGCGGUGUUGAUCGAAUGCCUCUUGCCUUGAGAGGGCUAAUAAUUGAAAAAUUGAUGGAAAUUGAAGAGAUUAAGGCUAAAAAGACGGAUGAAAUGGAAGCAAUUGCGGAACCUAAAGAACUUAAACAACAAAAAAAUUCUCCCAUUUUUGGAAUAUUAAAAACACAAUUAUUAGGAUUAGUUCAUUCACCCCUUUCUACGCUUCUUAAAAGUAUUGUUUUAAUAAAAGGGGAACAACUUGUGCCUGUUAUUCCGAUUGCUUGGACUUUACUUACUCGAAUUGAAGAUUCUAAUUUAACAGCAACUGCUGCGGCAUUUUUUAUUUGUUGUGCAGUUAAAUGCCCACAAGAAAUUAAUUCUUUAAUGGCUGCUGAUCUUGCAUCAACUGAUCCUUCUGUUCGCACUUUAGCUAUUAAACGUUUUUAUGUUCUAUGGCGUCAACGUUUUCAUGUUUGGUUGAAAUUGGAAGAGGGGGCCCAACUUUUAUUUAAAGUCCCCCCACCAAGUAUUGACUUUACACUUCCAUCCCCUUCAAUUGGCCAAAGUCAAGUACCUAUUGUCGAUCCACCAUGGAUGCCACCAUUAAAAACUAAAAUAGAGGAAUUAUCAUUAAAGGAAGAAGAACAAUCAACAACACAAACAAUUAUGGCAAUGACUAGAACAAGAAGAAAACAAAAACAAGAAAUGGUUAGAAAAGCCUUAAGGAGAGCUGAGGAAAGGCAGAGAGAAUUGAGAGAACAAUUUCCGUUUAGAGCAACUGCUAUUGUUCAACAAGCAGCUUAUGAACCAGCUCUUUUCCAACAUCAACAAUUAAUUGUUCAAGCAGAUAAUUCAACUUCAGGUGUAACAGGUGGAGAUGAAUCUACUAUAGCAGAGACAGCCCUUUCCAUUCCUACAAGACAAAUAGCUAUACCUGUGGCGCAGCCUUUAUUUCCAUCUUCAAUACUUUCCGUUGUACCAACAAUUGUAGAAUUAUUAGAUGACCCUCAAGUUGACAAUGGAGGGGUUUCAGGUGUUUUUUAUUUGAAUAUCUUAUUUAAGUUUCCGUUUUAUUAG